CUUGAGACAGAAGUUCCACUUGGAUGCCCAAAAUACACACUUUGUCCAGAUUUCAUCAUGAAUCGGAAUAAGCGUGAAAAGGAGUUUUACAGUUUAGACGUUGGUGAUUCCACUUUUACGGUUUUGAAGCGCUACCAGAAUUUAAGACCCAUAGGUUCCGGAGCACAGGGAAUUGUCUGGUGAGUAGACGGAGCUGUGAAUUAGAAAGGAAAAGAGAUGCGCUGUAGCCCAAUUCGCAUGAUCAAGUGGCUAUGUUGUGUGUGUAACUUUGGAAAAUAACAUCUAUCUAACAUAACCAUUUGCUAGCUAUUUUAAAUGGCAUUGGAAGUCAAUAUGAUAUUUUAUUAGCUGCUGCAAGUUGUUUGUAUACCAUUGUUCCAGUAUUACACUUAGAUAAUUUGAACCCUGUUAUUGAUCUAGGAUGUGGGAAAGUAGGAACAACUCACAUGCCUCCUAGUUAAAAAAAACAACAUAUUUUAUUAAAAAAGGAUGAAAGAUAUUUAUGUUUGGCCAUGCUCACCUUCUUCAGAUUGCAUCAUGCAGUAUGGAAUAACCUGUUAUAUUUUGUGUUUCCAGCUCAGCAUAUGACCACAACCUUGAACGAAAUGUUGCAAUAAAAAAACUCAGCCGGCCUUUCCAGAACCAGACCCAUGCCAAAAGAGCUUACAGAGAACUGGUGCUCAUGAAAUGUGUCAACCAUAAGAACGUAAGCUAUUUACCUCUCUCUGAAUCUGUGAUAGCAAAUGGGGGAGUGCAAGUGGGACAGGGAGUUGUCCGAAUUUAUAGAAAAGAAAGUAGACUGCAGCGACUGUUGUACCAUUUAACCAAAAUGUAAAAUGCAUCGUAUUUUCACUACAGAGAUCAUUCUAAAAUGUUGCUAUCCUCUUGUAGCUUUUACAUGAAUUCUUGAUGUUUACAUUUUUCAAAUGUUCAUUGCCUAUUUUAUGUAGUCUUAUCCAUUUAGCAAAGAACCCUUCUGUAGUUUUAGUGCACCCUUAAGCAGCGUAUUGUCAGCAUUAAAUACAAUGUUCCUCCAUAUGCUGCUCAUAGAACCAUGAUGCAUUGAUGCCUUUUGUAACUCCACAGAUUAUUGGCUUAUUAAAUGUAUUCACGUCACAGAAGACACUGGAGGAGUUUCAAGAUGUGUAAGUAACGUCAUCAUCGCCCUUAGUUAUAAAAUAAACAAGCACAAAUUACAAUAGUAUGUGCUCAGUGUUCCCUGGUAGGCUAUAGUGCUGAAAUGGCAAGAAGUAUAUAAAACAAUUGUUUUGUGCAGUGUAUGGUAGUGGGGAUGGGGUCUAUUGUGGGAUAACAGAUGGGUUAGUACAUUGCAGUGCAUGGGACGAAAUGUGAUUAAUUCUCAGAGCGGAGGAACUGUGAGAAUCUCUGCCUGCCUGAUUGGAGCUAAAAAAUAAAAAUGAACAAAUCAUAGCCUGAGGGUACACAGACCAUUUCACUAUGAUGGAGGAGCAGCCUGUGUGUGUGUGAGAGACGUGUAAUCGGUGUGUAUUCUUGCGUGUGUUUGGGUGUAUCUGUGUGUGUUUGCUUGUGUAUGCAUACGUUUGUGAGUGUGUACGUGUCAUCUCACCCACCCUUCCUUCCCUCUCCUCUGUAUCCGUCCCCAGUUAUAUUGUGAUGGAGCUGAUGGAUGCCAACCUGUGCCAGGUGAUUCAGAUGGAGCUGGACCACGAGCGGCUGUCCUAUCUGCUCUACCAGAUGCUGUGUGGCAUCAAACACCUUCAUGCCGCGGGCAUCAUACACAGGGUAGACACACGCACGCCUUGCCUAGCCUGACAUUUAUAGAGAGUUAUCCACAAAUCCCAUAUCUUUAAACCAUAUCCCCUCCUGGCCCCCACCCUCAGGAUCUGAAACCCAGCAACAUCGUGGUAAAGUCGGACUGCACACUGAAGAUCCUGGACUUCGGAUUGGCCAGGACAGCGGCCACGGGCCUCCUGAUGACCCCGUAUGUGGUGACCCGCUACUAUCGCGCCCCUGAAGUCAUCUUGGGCAUGGGUUACCAGGCCAACGGUGAGUGAGUGACCGAUCAUCGGAGCUGUGCGUGCCGCAGAACGCUGCCUUUCGCAUGCUGCGCCCACAAUAUCCUGAGACCCACCCUCACAGCCACACCACCCUGAUGGUGGCAUGCCUGGCUAUGCAUUGUGGGUUCCUUUCCUCCUGUAUAGAGAGCCAGUGCACAGCAGAUGUAGCACUUGUGUUUUCUAAGAGGACGUCCAGAGAUGGUGCAGCUGGACUAGAUGUCAGUGUGAAUCCAGUCACUUAUGGAUGCACUAGCUCACUUUAGUGCGCAUGCCUUUAACAAUUAAAAUGUUCUGCAAGAAUGUCUUAUGUGCAAAUGUGACGGGGCUUGAUAUCUCCAAAUCAUUGGACUCGGUUUGUUGUGCGAUUAAAUUCAGCGCUCAAAUACGGGAAAAAGUUUAUUUAACUUCAACUUCAACUGCCUGGAAAUAUGGCCAUCGCUGUACUCUUGACCAAAAAUGACCCAAACUUUCCUGCUGACUUGUUGCUUUGCUUAUUUUCUUCUCCUUCUUUCCAUGCUACACAUAUUUAGUGGAUAUAUGGGCUGUUGGCUGCAUUAUGGCAGAAAUGGUUCGCCACAAAAUCCUUUUUCCAGGAAAGGAUUGUAUCCUUGUGCUGCUUGCAGCAGUUCAGUUCUGCAUAAAAAAAAAGAAAACGUCACCAAGUUUAUAUGUCAAAGAGCAACUGUCGAAAUUCUAUCUCUCUUCUGAUAUGCCUGACACCUCCUCACCCACUUCCAACCCCCACACCUUCACUCUAUCCCCCAAGCACACAGCACUGUAGCUUGAAGCACCUCUGACUCACACAUCAAGCACCUGAAAUAGAAUUCAACGAUGGUUUGCUCUUUCAUUUGUACCAAGAAAUGCAAUUGCAAAAGAUACCCUCUUAUCUCAUAUUAUUGUUUGCCGUUCUUCUUCAAAGAUAAACAGCCAUUUGGGCAGAAAAUAUUAAAUGGACACUGUCCUAACACAGAAUAUCUUAUAUACUGUAUAUGGUGGACUGGUAGGGCUUUUAUCAAUGAUCUAAUAUUGGCAUUUGUCUAUUUAAUUGAUAGUAUUAAUUUACCCCACUGAGAAUCUUGAGGGUGGUAUGUAGGCAGUUCUCUGAGAGUGAACCAAAAAACCCACACCGUAUCAUGAUGCACUGCUUAGCGGUUUGACAUGAGUGUUUGCAUGUGUUCAUUUUCUUUGUCACACAACAUCACCUUGUCUGCAUCAUUAUUCAUUCCUUGUUUUAUUAUUUUUCAUUUUGAUUGUUUUGAUUUCUGCAUGCUAAUUGUAUUGUCAUUUCAUUUCUCAGUUGAUGUCUGGUCUAUUGGCUGCAUCAUGGCAGAAAUGGUCCGAGGUAGUGUGUUGUUCCCUGGCACAGAUCGUAUCCUUACCUGGACCCUCAUCGUCCCUCCAUUGUGUGUGUGAAUUUGUUAUGUGUGUGAAAGAGUGUGUGUGUUGUGGUGGUGAGACCGCCCUACUACUGCAUACAAAUUAAUUUCCAUUGGGUUGGGUAUAUGUGAAUGGGUUUGUACCAUAUAGAUAGAUACUAAAACCUGUUUUAGCAUGGGCAGCGCCAUUGAGGACUUUCACCAUUUUUAAGUAGUCAACUAGGUGGGACUUCCUAUGGGUUAAGGAAGGAUCACAUAAUUCCAUCCAGAUCACCAGGAGGGAUCAGCCAAUUAAUUAUACUUGUGAGGAAACAUUCUAUAACUUCAGAUGAAAGUAAAUCACCAACCUUGGCUUAUACCGGUUCAAAUAACUCACUCUAGAUGGCAGUAUGCACCCUUUCAGUUUGUUUGCCAACUCCUACAACUAGUAGAAGAAGAUAAUUGACUACUUUAAAAUGUAGAUGGCCUCAAUGGCGCUGCCCGUGCUCUCACAGACGCCAUAAUGGGACGGAUACCAUGAUGCCAUGUCUAUCUAAGUCUAUGGUUUGUACCUGUCGGAGGCCAUUUCAACUCAAGGGAAAACUGUUCUGAUCACUUCACCUCAUUAUACAGUCCCGCACUGAGGCUUGUGGUUCUGUUUUCAGUGUUUUGUGUGUCCGUCUCAUGAGAGAAAAGACGAUCAAACAGCUUUCCCUUGAUUACUCAAUCACAGUUGCUCAACAAAGGCAACAGUGAAAUAAAUUAGCCAUGUGUCCAGUGUCCAUAAUCCUCCACAACAACCGAUUUCUUUAUCCUAACUACAAGCCCAAAACUUUGUCAAUCGUCCCUCUUGUGAAAAGCCCUGUGCAGCGUUUUUCUUACAUGUUGGAACGUCAGAUAUUGAUCAGUGGAGCAAGGUGAUCGAGCAGCUGGGGACUCCCAGUCAGGAGUUCCUGAUGAAGCUCAACCAGUCGGUGAGGACCUACGUGGAGAACAGACCACGCUAUGUCGGCUACACUUUUGAGAAGCUCUUCCCCGACGUCCUCUUCCCAGCCGACUCGGAGCACAAUAAACUGAAAGGUAAAUGUGGAGAGCACACCCCCCUGGGGGACACCCAAAGCAUGACAACUGCAGUAUUGUGUGUCAUUGUGAGGUGCCAGUUGUGAGAUGCAACAUGUCUCCUACAUGUUUGUAUGACAAAAAUAUUCUAAAUGUAUAGUUAGUUAUUUGCUGAAUAUAAGUACAUUACGUGCCUAAAACUUUCUCUGAUAUGCGCUAACUAAUGGAGUCCGACUUACUUAGGUGAUCAAUUGUUAAUUCCACAGAAAGUAGUCAAGUUAGAUGAUGGUUAAUACAGUAUUUUAUGUAGUGGUUUGAAGCCUUACUCCGCUUUGAUUCUGAUCAUGUUUGACUAAGGGACUCUAUUCUGGCCCACUACACUACUUUAUCAGCACAGUGAAUGUCAGCCGAGUGAAGGAGGAGGAAUUUGCCCAUGCCAUUAAUUUCUCUAUUCAUCUUAAUUGCCUCGCAGCAAGUCAAGCCAGAGACCUAUUAUCAAAGAUGUUGGUAAUAGAUGCCUCCAAACGGAUCUCUGUGAGCGAGGCUCUCCAGCACCCCUACAUCAACGUGUGGUAUGAUCCAACUGAAGUGGAGGCGGUAAGCACUUACUUGCUCAUUAUGUGGGCAUGGAGGGGUGGUUCUUGUGUUGUCUAUUCUUAUGUUAGAUAAUAACAUGACUCUUCAGAUCUACUGUGUGUGUGUCUUAAUGUGUGCGCAUGCUUCUAAAAAACACUUUUAGUGGUGGUUCACAAUAAGAGGGAACAUGCAAGCCCUGUGAGUUUGCCUGCCUGCAAAAGGCUUAGCCCACAUCAGAUGAUAAUCGUCUCUGACUGUUUAUCAGGCCGUCGCUGAAAGCAGGUGCUCUGGAUUUGACAUCCAUUGACAGGCAUGUCGUCAUCACAGAGAUUGCACUUGGAUGUGUCAACCUGUUUUUCCUCAGUCACGAAAUCUCCACCUCGGCUACCGUGCAGUGUGUGGGUGAAGAAUGAAAUGUUGCACUCCCCUUAGUCACUCACCAGUCCUCAAAACGGACAAAAUCAGCCUUGAGACGUGUAGAUUUGGCAGCAGUGCAGCGGCGCCUUGCACACAUUUGAAUGUGACUCAGCCAAGUGAAGAGAAGGUCAUCAGUCCCUGUGUCACCCCACUUACAGUACACUCUGUUCUGUCCUCUUCCUGUUGCAGCCCCCACCGUUGAUCACCGACAAGCAGCUGGAUGAGAGGGAACACACAGUGGACGAGUGGAAAGGUACUGUAGAGAGAGCGAAGCCAUUUUUCUUACCCAUGCUUUGACGCAUACACUCUGAGCACUUUUACAUUUUUGCAUUAUGUUACAUUACAAUUGCACGUUAUUCUACUAAGAAUCUACAUCUCACGAUGAACUUGUGGGACAUUUAAUCUUAAUAUUUGAGUGUCAUUCAGGUUUUCCCCUUUGUGUAUAUGUCUGUUUGUCCUAACAAAUCCCUGUCUCAAGUCUAAAGUGAGAAGUGUGUGGUGUAUCCUUCGCCUGCCUCCCUGUAUAAUCUAAACCUGGUCUGAUGAUUUAACCCUGAUCCCUCUGGGAGCGUGAUAAUGACACCCAGAGUUUAACAGAGCCCUGUUUAUUGGCUCUAUUCUCAAGUGUCGACUCCCUGUGUCACAUCAUGCUUGCUGUGUUGCGGUCUGUCAUGCUCUUCAUAGGUUUAUGUCUCUUGUCUAAGGUUGCAAAAUACCCAAACGUUCCCAAAAUUCCCAGAUUUUCCAGAAAUCCCGGUUGUAGGGUUCCCAGAUUUCCUCCUUAUUCCCUCCUGAUUCCAGGAAUCUUCCAACCAGGAUUUCUGGAAAACCUGAGAGUUUUGGUGAAGUUAUCGAAAGUUGCAACUGUACUUGCUCUCUUUUACCAAAUGUUGUGUUCCACUACAGAUUUGAUAUACAUGGAGGUCCAGGACUGGGAGGAGAGAACGAAGAAUGGAGUGAUCCGGGGACAGCCAGCGUCUUUAGGUUAGUUUAGAGAGUUUUCUCUACAGGGAAUGAGCACUCCCACUCUGAUUAUAGCCUGUAACUAUGGCCCAGUGUUUUUCCUGGUCAGGUCCCGUGGUCAGGAAAAACUCCUCGUCCAAGAGUACUAGGUGUGGGAGCAACAAAUUGAGACUGACACUCUCUCUCUGCCCAUAAUUGGCUUCUGCUCCAGAUCUGGCUUGAAGGACGAUGUUAAUUUCUUUAAGAACCUUUCCUCUUUCUGUCUGCUGAAAUGUCAUUGCCUAACCAGAAGUCAUUUGUGGUUCAAGUCUGACUUGAUGCCCCUUCAAUGUUUCUCCAUACAUGUAGCACAGGUGCAGCAGUGAGCAGCGGCCCCCAGCAGUACCCUUCUACAUCGUCCUCGUCAGUCAACGAUGUGUCCACCGACCCCACCCUGGCUUCCGACACGGACAGCAGCCUGGAGACAGCCUCUAACACGGACCCGCUGGGCUGCUGCAGAUGACUAUCACCCUGCCCUGGGCCCUGUCCCACUGGUCCCGCCACUUGUCUUCAAUGGUGUAGAGUUUAGGCCAGUUUCACUGUUUAAAAAAUAUAUAAUUUUUCCCGAAAACUACUGCUACAGAGUUAUUUGAGUUAUUAGAUUUUUGAUUUUUGAGUCCAGGCUGUAAUGUAUUUUUUUAAACCUGAGAUCGUUAUGAUUUCACUAUGCUGUGGUUUCGACCGAUGGUGAGAAUUUGAGAACAUUUGUAAAAGCUUUAUAAAAGCUUUUUUUGUGUGUUUUUAGUUUCAUCAACUUUUAUUUCAAGAUACUGCUAUUUCAACUGGCCAUAUCGAUGUAGAAUGAGUUUGUACAGAUUUUAUGGUAAAUAUAUAUUUUCAAUUUGAGUUUGCAGUAAGCCAUUUCAACCAUAUAAUUUUAGUACUCCCCUUCAGAAUAGUAAUAUUACUUUGCCUAUUUUAUCUUUUUCAUAUGGGAUUUUGUGUUUAAUGCAUAUAUCCAUUGGGUUGAAUUUCGAGAAACUUUAGAACUGUUUUCCUCUUGUGAGUCACUACUUCCUUGUAAAAAAAAUCCAAGUUGAUAUAACAGCUUUAUUUUUUUAAAUCUUUGUUUUUUAUUAGUUUAGUCUUAAAAUAUCUCAAAA